CCAAGCCCCCAAGCCAUGGCAGAGAGGAAGCAAUCCGGGAAGGCGGCAGAGGACGAAGAGGUCCCUGCCUUUUUUAAAAACCUGGGCUCCGGUAGCCCCAAGCCUCGACAGAAAUUCUGUGGCAUGUUCUGCCCGGUGGAAGGGUCCUCGGAGAACAAGACCAUCGACUUCGACUCGCUGUCGGUGGGCCGGGGCUCGGGGCAGGUGGUGGCUCAGCAGCGGGACGUCGCCCACUUGGGCCCAGACCCGCAGCCGCCGUACUCCCGGCAGGGUCGGCGCGCCGGCGGGGAGCCAUCUGUUGAAUCGGGCCGGAAGGUGGAGAUCCGGCGGGCCUCCGGUAAGGAAGCCCUGCAGAACAUCAACGACCAGAGUGAUCGUCUUCUGAUCAAAGGAGGUAAAAUUGUUAAUGAUGACCAGUCAUUCUAUGCAGACAUAUACAUGGAAGAUGGGUUGAUCAAGCAAAUAGGAGAAAACCUGAUUGUACCAGGAGGGGUGAAGACCAUCGAAGCCCAUUCCAGAAUGGUGAUCCCCGGAGGGAUCGAUGUCCAUACCCGCUUCCAGAUGCCUGAUCAGGGGAUGACCUCAGCUGAUGACUUCUUCCAAGGCACCAAGGCAGCUCUGGCUGGGGGAACCACCAUGAUCAUUGACCAUGUGGUUCCUGAGCCUGGGACAAGCCUGCUGUCCGCCUUUGACCAGUGGAGGGAAUGGGCCGACAGCAAGUCCUGCUGUGACUACUCUCUGCACGUGGACAUCACCGAGUGGCAUAAGGGCAUCCAAGAGGAGAUGGAGGCCCUGGUGAAGGACCACGGGGUCAAUUCCUUCUUGGUGUACAUGGCUUUCAAAGAUCGCUUCCAGCUCACAGAUUCCCAGAUCUAUGAAGUCCUGAGCGUGAUCCGGGACAUUGGAGCAAUUGCCCAGGUCCACGCGGAGAAUGGCGACAUCAUCGCAGAGGAACAGCAGAGGAUCCUGGAUCUGGGCAUCACGGGCCCCGAGGGACAUGUGCUGAGCCGGCCGGAGGAGGUUGAGGCGGAAGCCGUGAACCGUUCCAUUACCAUCGCCAACCAGACCAACUGUCCCCUGUACAUCACCAAGGUGAUGAGCAAGAGCGCCGCGGAAGUCAUUGCCCAGGCGCGGAAAAAGGGAACCGUUGUGUACGGCGAGCCCAUCACCGCUAGCCUGGGAACGGAUGGCUCCCACUACUGGAGCAAGAACUGGGCCAAGGCUGCUGCUUUCGUCACCUCCCCGCCCCUGAGCCCCGACCCCACUACUCCGGACUUUCUGAACUCCCUGCUGUCCUGUGGAGACCUGCAGGUCACUGGCAGCGCCCACUGUACUUUCAACACUGCCCAGAAGGCCGUAGGGAAGGACAACUUCACCCUGAUCCCCGAGGGUACCAACGGCACGGAGGAGAGGAUGUCCAUCAUCUGGGAUAAGGCUGUGGUCACUGGGAAGAUGGAUGAGAACCAGUUUGUGGCUGUGACCAGCACCAACGCAGCCAAAGUCUUCAACCUGUACCCCCGGAAAGGCCGCAUCGCUGUAGGAUCUGAUGCUGACUUGGUCAUCUGGGACCCGGACAGCGUGAAAACCAUCUCUGCCAAGACCCAUAAUAGCUCUCUGGAGUACAACAUCUUCGAAGGCAUGGAGUGCCGUGGCUCUCCGCUGGUGGUCAUCAGCCAGGGGAAAAUUGUCCUGGAGGAUGGCACCCUUCAUGUCACCGAAGGUUCUGGGCGCUACAUCCCCCGCAAGCCCUUCCCUGACUUUGUUUACAAGCGUAUCAAGGCAAGGAGCAGGCUGGCGGAGCUGAGAGGGGUUCCUCGCGGCCUGUAUGAUGGACCUGUGUGUGAGGUGUCCGUGACACCGAAGACGGUCACUCCAGCCUCCUCGGCUAAGACGUCCCCGGCCAAGCAGCAGGCCCCACCUGUCCGGAACCUGCAUCAGUCUGGAUUCAGCUUGUCCGGCGCCCAGAUUGACGACAACAUCCCCCGCCGCACUACCCAGCGCAUCGUGGCGCCCCCUGGUGGCCGUGCCAACAUCACCAGCCUGGGCUAGAGUUCAGGGCCAUCUGCCUGGGGAUGGGGGAUGGGGGAUGGGGAAAUGGGACACCUGAGGACAUUCUGAGACUUCCUUCUUCUUCUUCUAAUUCUUUUUUUUUUUUUUUUUAAAGAGCCUGUGAUAGUUACUGUGGGGCAGCCAGUUCCUGGGGCUCCCUCCUGGGCCCCUGCACUCCGUCAUCCCUCACCCGGAGUCACCGGUUUUGCUCACCCACCUCCCUACACAUCUACAAAUACCGCACCCAGGUCUCUCCACCAACCCCGUACACGGAAUUGCAUCCAACACUCAGACAUGCGGAACAAAGCAAAUCACAGUGAGGGGGUCUGUCCUCUCCGCCCUCUGGUGUACUUGGCAUCAUCUUCCUUUUCAUUGGGGGAGGGGAAGAUAAAGUGAAUUGCCCAGAGCUGCCUUUUUCUUUUAAAAUUUUGAGAAGUUUUUUUGGGGGGGCUGGGAAGGGGUGGGCAGGGGAGGGGGGAGAUUCUUUUUUUUUUUUAAAAAAAAUACUAAAUUGGAAAGCCUAAUUCAAUAUUAAUACAAGGGGUUUGAACUGGACAUCCUAAUGAUGCAAUUGUGUAACCAUCAAGCUGAUUCAGGGUGGCAGGCGACCUGCCUGCCCCUCCUGAGAGGCUGCACAGCGGCCAUACCGCCAUUCCGUUGUCUUCUGGGUCAGCUGUUAAUAAAGGGCAGGUUUUCUUUCUGGCCUAGAUUUUGCUGCAGAUGAAAUCUUUUGAGGAUUCUCUUCUCUCUUCACCUCUUUUCUGCUCACACACUCACUCUCUCGCUUUUCCAUUCAUGGAUCGGUUCACACAUCUCUUUCUUUGUGUUUUCUCCAGCCCUUGUCUCUGAGAUGGUGUUUUUCACCUCCUCCCCCCCCAGGUCUUUUCCAACAACCAGGUCUGCCAUCUUACUGUGGUCCUAAGAACCUGCCUGGAAGGCUGUGAGCUGUGUCAUUUGCAACCAUCGUCAUAGGCUGUCCUAGUCCACAGAAGACUGGUGCUACCCACCCGCGUCCCCAGGUUGUGCAUUUGAGUUUGAGAUGCUUGCCAGGUGCGGGGAAGGACCGAGUUCCUUACUCACCCUGUCACACGUGGGCCGGGGAUGGACCUCAGACUGUGCUGAGAUGUUGAGGAAGCCUCAGGCUUCAGGACUGGCGGUUUUUCCUCUGUGCCAUACUAAGUGGCCAAGGACACAAUCGAAUCUGAUAACCGAGUCCUGUAACCCAAGCGACCAUACCAGGCUCAGGCCAGCCGCCAGGAGUGAUGGGAGCCUGGCCCCUAGGGCCUGCCGUUUCCCAGCUAAGAAUCUUUGGGGGUUCCAGAGCGUGCUCAGCCUCUCAAUUAUUUAGAAAAGACAUCAAUGCAAUAGAGGGAGGCCUCCUAAACACAGAAAACCCCUGGGACAUUUGACUUAAAGGCCAUUGUCAUUUGCAAGAGGAAAAGUCUGUUUUUCGAGUGAGAGCUGUUAUGGGGAGAAAAACAUGCAGGUUGGAUGUGUGGCCCGUUAGAGACGCCAGUCGAUCUUGUGUCCACACCCCGCCCUCUCCUGGUCUCAGAGACCCUUUCCACUAGCUGCCUUGUGCCUUUCCCUGUUUUUGCUGAUCUGUGUUGCAUCUCUUUCCAAAUGUGUUUACAGGUUCUCCUAAGCAAUGCUGUGUUUGCAGGCUUUUAUAAAACCAAAUCUGCUUUUGUAAAGUGUGACAUUAAAAAAAAGCAGGUCAUCACAUCAUCACACUUGUCUCUCCACACGUUUUGCCUUCGGGGUUAUGGUUGGGGUUUAUUUUUUUUUUUGUUGGUGUUGUUGUUUUAUUUGUUAUUUUAAAGUAAAUUGCACUUUUAAAGAAUAAUUGGUUAACUUAAUAUAUUUACCUUUUUUUUUUCUCACCUGCACUUCGAGGAAAUUUGAACCAGUUGGAAAAAAAAUUUUUUUUGUUUCAAUUCUAAGAAACACUUGCAGCUCUCCACUAUUCACUGAGUCUUCCUGUUUUUCCUGUACCAGGUCAUGGUCAUUUUGGUUAUUUUGAUUGUUUCCUUCAAACAAUUUAAAACCUGAAGAUUUCCGCAGGCUGUGUAAGCAUGUUUACCUGUUGGCUUGCUUUGUGUGUCUGUUAAAUGAAUGUCAUAUGUAAAUGCUAAAAUAAAUUGACAGUGUCUCAGAACUGAGUAACUGCAGUGACUUGAUGCUCUAAACCAGUGUAGGAUUUAAUCAUAGAUGGUUUUUAAUCCUUGCAAUUGUGAUUGUGACCACGAGUGGAGGACCUUUCAUUGCUAAAGCUGAUUAUGUGUGUAGCCAGAAGAGUACCUUUUUUUUUUUUUUUUGUAACCACUGUCUUAAUGGCAAAAUAAUUAUGGUAAAGAACCAAGUCUCGUGUUUAUUAUUCCUUAAGAACUCUGUGUUAUAUUACCAUGGAACGCCUAAUAAAGCAAAAUGUGGUUGUUUCA